UCCACCACCCAUCUAUGACACACUGCCAGCUGAGAAGACUGAACACAUUAACAUCUCUGCUCUUCUCAAUCGUAGUCAGGCAAAACUGUCCGCUUUACCAUAUCUACACCAUUCUCUGAAACCAGGAAUGAAGACAUGGGAGUUUAAGUUAACACAAGAGUAGUAUGCUGGAAGUGGGAAAGUGGCCGGUGUUUGCCCUCCUGCCCCCUGAGGAACUGCGGCUCAUCCGACAAGCCUGUGUGUUCGGUAGCGCUGCGAAUGAAGCUAUCUACGUUACCGUCAAUGAUGAGGUGUUUGCACUGGGGACGAACUGCAGUGGCUGCCUGGGGCUCGGGGACACCCAAAGCACCAUUGAGCCGAGACGGAUAGACAUCUUGUGUGGGAAAAAAAUUGUGUCUUUGAGCUACGGCACAGGGCCACAUGUGGUCAUUGCCACUGCAGAUGGAGAAGUUUAUGCCUGGGGUCACAACGGCUACAGUCAGCUGGGUAAUGGCACCACCAACCACGGCCUGACUCCUGCCUUGGUUUCCACCAACCUCAUCAGCAAGAGGGUGACAGAGGUGGCCUGCGGCUCUCAUCACACCAUAGCCCUCACCACAGAGGGAGAGGUUUAUGCUUGGGGAUACAACAACUCUGGUCAGGUGGGUUCUGGAUCCACGGCCAACCAGCCCACCCCACGCAGGGUCAGCAGCUGUCUGCAGAAUAAGGUGGUGGUCAACAUCGCCUGUGGACAGCUCUGCUCUAUGGCCGUUAUGGAUAAUGGGGAGACUUAUGGCUGGGGUUAUAACUGCAAUGGGCAGCUUGGUUUGGGUAACAAUGGCAACCAGCAAACCCCUUGCCGAAUCGCCGCCUUACAGGGAAUCAACGUUGUACAGGUAGCAUGUGGAUAUGCACACACACUGGCUCUUACGGACGAAGGAUUUGUUUACUCUUGGGGUGCAAACUCAUACGGGCAGCUGGGUACUGGCAACAAAAGCAACCAGGCUGUGCCCACCCUCAUCAACAUGGACAAGGAAAGAUUAGUUGAGGUUGCUGCGUGCCACACAAGUCACACAUCAGCGGCGAAAACACAGAGCGGUCAGGUGCUGAUGUGGGGUCAGUGUCGGGGUCAGGCCGUGGCCUACCCUCACGUCACACACUUCACCAGCACUGACGAUGUCUUCGCCUGCUUUGCCACACCGGCAGUCACCUGGCAUCUUCUGUCUGUGGAUGGAGAUGACUACUUGACUGUUGCCCAGUCGCUAAAGCGAGAGUUCGACAGCCCAGAAAUCUCUGACCUGAAGUUCCUGGUUGACGGGAAGUGCAUUCAUGUGCACAAAGCCUUGCUUAAAAUCAGGUGCGAGCAUUUCCGAGCAUUGCUGAAUGAGACGGAUGAAGAGACCAUAGAGAUUCAUCAGUUUUCUUAUCUGGUAUAUCGUGCAUUCCUGGAGUACCUGUAUACUGAUACCAUCAACCUCCCACCUGAGGAUGCCAUUGGUUUGCUCGAUUUGGCCACGUACUACCGUGAGAGCCGUCUGAAAAGACUGUGUCAGGAGACAAUCAAGAGAGGCAUCUCAGAGGAGAACGCUAUAACACUGCUCUCAGCUGCUGUCAAGUAUGAAGCUCGGGAUCUGGAAGAGUUCUGUUUCAAGUUUUGCGUUAACCACCUGACGGCUGUCACUCAGACGCAGGCUUUCGCCGACAUGGACCACGAUCUUCUGAAGAACUUCAUCAGCAAAGCCAGCCGCUACGGAGCAUUCAAGAACUAACAGAAAUAUAUUGGCUAAGGAGGAAUUGUGCUUUGGCUCUGCUACAUCCAGAGAAGUUAUCUCUAAUUCCUCUGAUUUGGAAAGAGAGGAGACAAAAUUUUGUGGUUUGACUGUAAAGAAGUGGUAAGCCACAGCACUGGUUGUCUUCUGGAUCCCAGUGCCUUUAAAUUACAUCCCCAUCUGAAGCGCUAUGUAAAUGGAAGAAUUAAAGAUUGGAUUCAAAGGGACCAGACAAGUCUCAAAAGAUUGUAUUGAAAUAGAGUAGCUAAACGAAAAGUGCUUCAUGAGCAAGGGGUUCACCUGUGCGUAAGCAAAAGGGAAGAUCAUCUCAUGUAGGAGAUGGUUGAUGGGAGAAAGAGUUGCUUUCUGUUACUGAAUUGUUGUUUUGGAUCAAGAUCACAAUAAUUUGUAAUAUAUUUCCAGUCAUUAAAUAUAUAAUGGAUUGGAAAGUUACAGUCAGCCAAACAAGUUUUCCAUCUCAAAUCCAUCUAUCAUUAUCAUGAUGGCCUUUAUAAAGCAGGCCAACAGUCGUACCUUCUGAGGGAGGUCACCUGUGUCAUAGGAUAUCAUGUUUUCUUUCUUCCUGGAAUUAGAAGAAACUUAACACAAUAAUAUGUCAUUAGAGUAGUAAAGCAUUAUUUUUAAAUGUAGCAUUAAGUGGCUCCAAUUUAAUUUACUGAUCCAACUAAUGUCAUUUGUUUUUGUUUAUUUUUUUUUUUGUUUUACUGACAGUAAUGUUACUUUUGAUAUGUUUGCACUGUUUCUGUGUAAUUAUUCUGAAUAUUUCAGAAGGGUCAACAUUUGUGAUUUUCUCAAGUCAUCUUUUUACAAGCUCUAACACAAGUGUCAGGGUGAAAUCUCUCAAAAACUGUGAAGAAUUGUUCAGGCCAUAUUUCAGCCCCCCC